CACGCGCGGAGCCAGCUCCCUGAGCCGUGUCAAUGUGGGGCGAGAAGCAGCGGGUCUGAGCGCCAGCGGAAGAUUUUUAGAGUCCGGAUCGAGUGUUCAGUCGUAGUAUCGGGUGUUUUCUCCAGUCGGAGCACGAUGACGAGCAGCGCGAAGCGGAAAGAGGAGGUCCACGCGGUGAACGGCGGAGUAAAGCCGUCCACAUGGAGCAAAGCCAUCAGCUGCAAAGCGGUGUGGGACGAGAAGGAUGAGUUUUUAGACGUUGUUUACUGGUUCCGGCAGAUCAUCGCUGUGGUGUUGGGGGUAAUAUGGGGUGUCGCUCCUCUGAAAGGGUUUCUGGGAAUAGCCAUAUUCUGUAUCAUCAACGCGGGCGUCCUGUAUGUGUACUUCAGUAGUUACCAGCAGGUGGAUGAAGAGGAGUACGGAGGAACAUGGGAGCUCACCAAAGAAGGCUUCAUGACUUCGUUCGCUUUGUUUCUGGUGGUGUGGAUCAUCUUCUAUACGGCGCUACACUACGACUGAGGACUGCAGGACACACAGAGACGGACGUUUAUUUAUUGUGAUCUGGAUGGAGCUGCUUUUCCCAGGCGUCUGCACAUGUCUCCUUCAGCAUGUGUGCGCCGGAGGAAGAGGUGCAUCGUGGGUACAAGACGCGUCAAUAACCUUCUGGAACCCGGGGCUCAUCGAAAUCUGAAGCUGAUGUCCGGUGCACUGCCACGGCUGUUGGGUUAAUAACUGUUAUUUCUGUUCGUCCUCUCUGCUUUUUUUUUUUUUUUUCUUCUUGUUUGACUGCCGCCGUAUCGAGCAGGGUUUAACUCCGUUUGAUGUUUUUCUUAGUUCCUUUCACGAUUAGCAUUCAGCACAGAUCGUCUUACUCUGUUAUGACCAGUAAAAUCAGAUAGGGGUGUGUAAAUUCUGUACAAUUCAUUUUAUCGAAUCCAUGAUGUAUUAAAGUAUUUCUCAUGUCUCGUCCAUGUAACAAACUGCUCAGUAUUUUAUAGUGUAUUGAUGGACGCGAAUGGUCUGUAUGCUUGUGACGAUUAAGGAGAGACCGUGGAGAGACUUAUUUUCUGGAUCAAAUGUUUUGGAGAAUCAAAUAAAGCUGGGCUUUGUCUGCCCUACACUUUUCAACGGACGCUCCGCUCAAGUUCUGGUGGACUUUGCAGCAAAUCCAAGUCUCUUAAUGACCGCGUUAAGAGAAGUUCUGGAUUUCGGUUGACCUACGUGACAUAUAGGCGAACCCUAAAGGUUUUUGCAGGCAGAAAAGCCCUGUGUUGUUGUCAUUGAUAACGGGGUUCCCGCUGGUCCUUAAGAAGGCCAAAAUUUAGUUGCUAAAAAUAUACAUAUUCUCAAAUUUAGUCGGGGGAGAAGUUAUAUUUCUGCUGUGCUGAAAGCGCCACCUUCUGGCAGAGAAUUAAUGUACAUUUACAGUAAGCAUAAAUGAUAAGAGAUUGCUUUACGAAAGUGAAAAAUAAAAUAAAAUUACGGGAUUUUAAA